AAAGCAGCCAGCCGGAUAGAGAAAAAAGAUAUCGCUGAAAAUAAUCGGACAUAUAAAUAACAAAUCUAGAGAGAGAAAGAGAGGAGAGAGAGAGAGAGAGCAGUCGCAACACAACACAGUUCGUCUUUUACUUUUUCUUUUUCUUCUUUUUAUUAUUUUUUAAGUAACAGACGCACAGAAAAAAAUGGAGGGUGGGGCUCAGCCGGUGGACACCAUGAUGUCGGAAGCAGCACCGCCGCCGCCACCGCCGCAGCCUCCGAUCGACCACAUACCGGCGACGCUCAGCCACGGAGGCAGAUUCAUCCAAUACAAUAUCUUCGGCAACAUAUUCGAGGUCACUUCUAAAUACAAACCCCCAAUCAUGCCCAUCGGAAAAGGCGCAUACGGAAUCGUUUGCUCUGCUUUGAAUUCGGAGACGAAUGAGCAUGUAGCGCUGAAGAAAAUUGCGAAUGCUUUUGAUAACAAAAUUGAUGCGAAGAGGACUCUGCGUGAGAUCAAGCUUCUGCGCCACAUGGAUCAUGAAAACGUUGUUGCAAUCAGAGAUAUAAUUCCUCCGCCUCAGAGGGAUGCAUUUAAUGAUGUUUACAUUGCAUACGAACUUAUGGACACUGAUCUUCACCAAAUCAUCCGUUCUAAUCAAGCUUUGUCUGAGGAGCACUGCCAGUAUUUCUUGUACCAGAUUCUCCGUGGGCUGAAGUAUAUACACUCGGCAAAUGUUCUUCACAGGGACUUAAAACCUAGCAAUCUUCUCCUGAAUGCAAACUGUGACCUAAAGAUAUGUGAUUUUGGAUUGGCACGUGUCAAUUCGGAAACCGACUUUAUGACUGAAUAUGUUGUUACGAGGUGGUAUCGUGCGCCUGAGCUGCUGUUGAAUUCAUCUGAUUACACUGCAGCUAUUGAUGUUUGGUCAGUCGGCUGCAUUUUCAUGGAACUGAUGGACCGAAAGCCACUGUUUGCUGGUAGAGAUCACGUGCACCAGUUACGCCUUCUGAUUGAGCUGAUUGGGACCCCUUCCGAGGCUGAGUUGGGGCUUCUGAAUGAUAAUGCAAAAAGAUACAUACGGCAGCUCCCUACUUAUCGCCGCCAAUCAUUCACUGACAAGUUUCCUCAGGUGCACCCUCUUGCCAUUGAUCUCAUUGAGAAGAUGCUCACUUUUGAUCCUCGACAAAGGAUUACAGUUGAAGGUGCGCUGGCCCAUCCAUACCUGAACUCGCUCCACGACAUCAGCGACGAGCCUGUUUGCACCACCCCAUUUAACUUUGACUUCGAACAGCAUGCAUUGACUGAGGAGCAGAUGAAGGAACUGAUUUACAGGGAGGCUCUUGCAUUCAACCCUGCAUAUCAGUUUAUGUGAAAGAAUUAAUUUUUAUUUAUGGGACAAUUUUUUUUUUUUUUUUUUUUUUUUUUUUUUAUGGGAUUCUUUAAAGUAGCAGUGUUGUAUGUGAACUUGUAAUCGAUUUCUUGUACAUACUGGCUCAUCCAGAACCUGUAUGUGUAUUGCCUUAGAAUAUUUAUCGACUCUUAAAUUCCGACAUGGAUACUUUAAGACCGUGUUUUAUUUAAGCGACCAGCCGCACAGGUUUUGUGUUUGGUAUGGUUUUGACUUUUGACUUUUUAAGUUUCCGUUUUGUCGAAACAUUUUCUGAU